CUGGACUCGCCCCUGCCAGCCGGGCUGAGAUGGCGGCGAGCCGUGCGCUGAGGGCCCUGCGCCUCCCGGCCGCGUCCUGCGCCCGCGGCAACUCCAACCGCGCCGCCGUCGGCCACCUGCACCGGCAGCUCUACGGCCGCCGCUACCCCGUGCUGCUGGUCAACACCGACGGCUCCACCGUCCGCCUGCGCUACAGCGAGCCCAAGAGGAUCCUCAUGAUGCCCCUGGACAGCAACACGCUGCCCGAAGCCGAGCGCAAGGCUCGUCUGCGCCGGCACUUCCCCAGCAAGCCUAAGGCCAAGGAGGAGGAAACCUUCGAGGGCAUCGACCUGGACACCUACAAGAAGUUCUGGAAGAAGUGAAGCGCUGAACCCAGAAUUGUAUAAAUCCAUAAAUAAAAAUAAUACACGAGUACA